GUUCGAUGUGGCUGACUCAGGCUUUCGCAUCCUCCCAGCGUAUAAAAGAGAUGCAUCAAGGUGGGCUUCGUCUCGAUCGCAAUGUUCUCACCGGCUUAUUUGAGUGGCUUUCUGUCUGCCGUGGCUCUUCUCAUUGCCACGCCAAAUGAUGCAGCAGAGAUUAUUGGCGGGAGUGAAGUGAGGCCCCACUCACUGCCAUUCAUGGCUCUGCUGGAGAGCAAAAACCCAAAGUGUGGAGGGACUCUGAUCCAUCCACAAUGGGUUCUGACUGCAGCCCACUGUGCUGAUAUCAAGAGGGUGCUCCUUGGUGUACACAACAUGAAGAAUCCGGAGAAGGAGUCCCGCCAGAUCAGAAACGUCAAAAGCCAAUUUCCUCAUCCUUGCUACGAUGAUAAUGAAAAGGUCAACGACCUCAAGUUGCUCAAGCUAGACAAAGCUGUGAAGGCGACAAAGGCAGUGAGCGUUCUGCCGUUGCCUAAAACCGGCAGAGAUCCGUUGGCUGGCAGCAGCUGCGUGGUGGCCGGAUGGGGGGUGACGAACAACGCCGCCAAGCACAUGUCCAACGUCCUCAUGUCUGUCAAUGUGACUGUAGUAGACAGAGUCAAGUGCAACUCUCGUGACUACUACAAUCUCAACCCGAUCAUCACGAAGGGCAUGAUAUGUGCUGGUUCUGAUGGUAGAAGGGUGGCGGACACCUGCUCUGGAGACUCUGGUGGUCCGCUAUUGUGCAAAGGAGUCCUGGUCGGUGUCACUUCGUUUGGACAUAAGUGUGGUAUCAUUAAAAAGCCUGGAGUGUACUCUUUUCUUUCAGCCAAGCAACUCGAGUGGAUCAAAAACAUCAUCAAGAAAAACUAAAUAUACUUUUUUUAUUCUGUAUUUUGGGCCAUUUCAAUAAAAUAAAGAA